AAUCCGUCUCGACAGCGAAUCGACAUGAACGGCGCCGAUUCUACGGACGACGAGAAUGGCGUGUUGUACUUCCUCCCUGGGGGCAUCGCGGACGACUCCCCGCCCAGACGGACGUUGGGUAUGUCCAGUCCCGUGCCGAGCUCCUUUGGGUCCAUUGGCCCUGCGCAACCCACGGCACAACCAUUUCGCAUGCAUCCGACCCCUGCCAGUGAAGCGAACAACUUCCUCUUGUCAGGACUAGGUGGCGUCGCCGUACCAAACACUCAAUCCAUGCGUGAUCGAUCUGUCGGAGGUGGUGGGUUUGGAUCUUUUGGAAGUUACGGAUACAGCGGUCGACUUGGGGGACCUCCUGGAGGGUCGUCCACACCAACGAAUGGCGGCGGGAUCGGCUCCAUCGGAUCUUCGUCCUUCCUGAGCUCAAACAACAAUGCAGGAGGGCCAUCUCAACCCAUGCCGUCUCCUUCGACCACUACGUUUUCACGCUCCGCAUUCAUGAGCGCCUCAAGCACAUCGUCCACCACCGGUCCACUCCGCGCUCCUCCAGGACUGGACGUCUCCCCACCAUCGGCUGCAAGUUCCUUUUUACCAUCACAUCAACGAAUGCUGGAUCGACAAAGCGACUCGUUACAUUCUGCGUUUAAUUUCCUCCCUCAAAACCCUACUGCGACGCAUCCCCCACUGCAUCCAGUCCAGCCACCAGCCUCGACUUCCAGCGCGGCUCUGUUUUCUUCGUCUGGUAUUCCCGUCCAAUCGAAUAUGGAGCUGGCCGAACUCAACACGACGUCGGUCGUGAUCGACCAGCAGCAACCAGCGCCAUUGUCAAGGCUAUUCCUCGAUGACCCGCCCAAUAAGGACGGGAAGAAUUCGAUCGGGGUGCAUCGCUUCCGCAACACCUUUUUGGACCACCGUCCGGAAGAUAUCCCUUCCCAGCACCCACUGGCGCCGCUUCGGUCGUUGUCGACGACAGGUCGUCCUUCGAUGUCAACCGUUCGCUCUCCUGGCCACAGCACAGAGCCCAAGCAAGAAAUCCCUCCGCCAUCGACCAAGAUCAGAGACCCGUACUCUGGCAAACGGCACGGGUCUCCAUCGUCUGCGUCGUCGCUAGAUUCCGACGUCGGAUCGACACCGACGAGUGGUUCGACGCUGUUGUCCUCGAUGACCUUCGCCGGAAAAGCGGCCGCCAACGUGUCGUCACCGGCCCCGCGAGUCGUGCCCGGUCAAAUCCGCAUCAAGCAGCGUGGUGACGGCAUGUCACCGAAAAAACCGACCGUGGCAGACGCAGCGACUGCAUCGUCUCGAGGCAAUACUGCGUCCCGUAGCCAUACACAUGCGGCGACGUCGGUAUCGAAUCGACGACAAACCUCUGUGUAUCGUGAAAAGUACCCUAAAGCCAUCACGACGUCGGUGGAGGCAACGCCUCCAGUUGCGGCAGGUGCAAAAACGUCGACACCACGCCGAAACGGACGAGCGGCAGACAAAACGUCGCCGCGUGUGUCUGGUGGAGGCGGCUCAGAAACCACGAAUGUCCCUGUCGACGCAACCAACGUGCCGACGACCCCGCGAUCGAUCAAAAGCAAAAGCUCGACUCCUUCCGGGGAAUCUUCCCACGUUGUCCCGUCGCCACAGCGAGGCAACUUGAACCGUCAAGGCAGUCCAACCGUCACGGAGCCUGUCCCUUCCUCCGCGGAUGGUGCGGCGGGGGACAUCACCGUUGUUGAAGACUCGACGGACGAAGGUCUUGUGUCGCAAGACACCGACCAUGACAACGCGACUGCUGCUACCGAUGUCGCUGAAACGCCACCGUACGACAAAGCCCGUGACAACGAAAGGCGUAUUGGAGAUGGGGGGGCGAGCGAUGCUUCUGUCGACGACGACGUUCCUGCGCCAUGUCCAUUGAUAGAGCUGUCUUCGCCGCCGUCUCCAAAGCCAUCGACAGACCAAGCUGUCGCAACGAAAGAGGAACUGCAAGCGUCACCCGCUUUCGAUGUACCAGAGUUGAAAGAUGUCGCGCUAGUAACAGAACCAGCGUCGCAGCACGACCACGACGAUGUGUCUGUGGCGGCGCCACUGCAUCAACCCGUCCACCAUGAAGUUCAACCACCGUCUUCGGAAGACGACAUGCCGACACGCCCAGCCACCGCGCCCGUAUUGUCGAAGAAGCGGUCGGACAAACGAAACCGGCGCACCGCCGCCGCGUCGGACAAUGUGCCGGCUGCCAUUUCAACGAAUGCGCCCAAGGCCCACGGCCCGAUGGAUAAGAAGAAGAGCGACAGUGGAAUGAAAUUGUCGCACAGGCGGCAAGAUCACGGAAAGGACGAAACGAGUUGUGCCGACGGAAGCGCAGCGCCACCGCACCGGUCUCCUUAUCCCAACGAAGACGACGACGACGACUUGUUCGCGCCAGUGCCACGGUCCGCGUGGAGUGUGAUGCAAUCGGCGUUUGUCGCGUCGUGCGUGUGGCUCGUCUCGGCGUCUGGCGCGUCCACGGGCCUGCCAUGGCUCCUUACUUGUGUGCAAUGGGUGCUGUCCACUCUGAUGACUCUUAUCUUUCACGUGGGCUUCCACGCACUGACGUACGGCAUCAAGUUUCACCGGUUCGUUGUGCGGGGUCUCGUGCUCAACCGGAACAUCGCGAGCUGCUUUGCCUUCCUCUACCUCUUUCCGCUCCUCGUCCAGUACGUGAUUCCAUGGGCGCCGCCGUGGGCCCCCGUGUGCCUCUGGUACGCGUUCCUGGUCCAGCUCUUUUGCACGCAAGGGUCGACCACCAUGGUCGCGACAUUUCGCAUCCUCCUGCCGCUCGUGUUUUUGGUCGAAGGGGUGUCCCACCACAGCUUCCUCCUCGACUUGAACGGCGCCGAGCUGCUCUUGAUCUCGUUCAUUCUGUCCGCUGUCAAGACGGGCAACUUGUACAGCCCUGUCUUCUUCAUGUCGUUGUCGCUUCAGUGUCUCUCGGCUGUGUUUCUCGGGUCCGAGAUGUUUGUGCAGUGGCUACAGCUCGCCAUCGCGCUCUACUCGUUGCAUUCGAUGGCGACGGAUGAAUGGGGCGACUUGGACGAUGGUAGAACCCCCACACCGUUCCCCCACGCGUCGUCGCCGUUUCUCGGUGACGUGCACCACCCGUCCGGCACGUCGAUUCAAAAAACCAAGCGGUUGGAUCGACGGUCCAUGGCAGCCGUCGUCAAGGGAAGGAAGCCCCGUGCCGCGUCGUCCACGUAGUUUGAGCCUCAGCGCUGACACCGUAAAAUUGCAGCCCAAGCGUUGUAGCAAUAGUGUCGAGUACUUUAGAGCCUAUACAUGAUGCCGAUGGCGGUCGGUGUGCCAUUUGUCGGAGACAAGAACUCUCCAACCUGAGAGGUCCAUUCAAGGACGAUGUCGAGUACCUGAAAAACUGUUCAAGAGGACGGCUACAAUGGCUGGGGAUGCAUUUUGUGUCGUGUGGCACUCACAGACGAAACUCGUCUUGCUUGGAGGAGCAUCUCAAGGGAUUCUUCCAGCGGUUCCAGUUGAUCCGAUGGGCAUACGAUGCUUCGAGUUCUAGUUCAAACACUUCGCGUAAACGACGCAAUUGCACGUCAUCAC